ACCUGCUUUAUUAGUUUGUUCCCUCCUUUAAAUUGGCCUAUAUUGCAGUGGAAAAGUCUCACAUUAAAAACACGUACACUUGAGAGAUAAGGUUACUGAUUUUGAGCUUGAGAAAAAAAUAAAAAUGGGUUCAUCAAAUAAUUUGGUUCUAUUUUUAGUUAUAGUUUCAUCUUUUCUAGUUGUAAUUUCUGAGGGUCAGCAAAGCAGUGUACCAGUUGUGCCUGGUCUUUCAUACACAUUUUAUUCAACUAGUUGCCCUAAUUUGGAAUCCAUUGUUAGGAUUCAUCUUCUUCAAGUUCUUGAGAAUGAUACUACUCAAGCUGCGGGUUUGCUUCGACUUCACUUCCAUGAUUGCUUUGUUCAGGGAUGUGAUGCUUCAGUAUUGCUAGAUGGAUCAACAAGUGGUCCAAGCGAGAAAAGUGCGAUCCCGAACUUAACAUUGAGGCAGGCGGCAUUCAAGAUCAUCAAUGAUAUACAAGCUCUAAUUCAAAACCAAUGUGGUCAAGUUGUGUCAUGCGCCGAUAUUACUGCUCUUGCCGCUCGUGAAUCCAUAUUAUUGUCAGGUGGACCAUACUAUAACAUCCCCUUAGGAAGAAGGGAUAGUCAAAAUUUUGCAACAGCAAACGUUACAUUAGCCAAUCUACCACCACCAACUUUUAACACUACUCAAAAUCUCAACUUAUUUACCUCCAAAAACUUCACUGCAACCGAUCUAGUCGCCCUCUCGGGUGGUCACACCAUUGGGAUCGGCCAUUGUACGUCGUUCACCAACCGACUUUACCCCCAGCAAGACCCGAACAUGGAUAAAACCUUCGCUAAUAACCUUAAGCUCACAUGCCCUGCUUCAAACACUACAAACACUACCAAUUUGGACCUUCGUACCCCUAACAUUUUCGACAACAAGUACUUUGUUGACCUUAUGAAUCGUCAAGGCUUGUUUACGUCUGAUCAAGAUUUAUAUACCGAUUCAAGGACCAAGAGUAUAGUCCAGAGCUUUGCCGUUAACCAAACAUUGUUUUUCGAAAAGUUCAUAGAUGGUAUGGUUAAGAUGGGCCAACUUGGCGUACUGACCGGAUCACAAGGGGAGAUUCGUGCAAAUUGCUCCGCGAGGAAUGGUAACAGUAUGGGCUCUUGGUCUAUCGUAGGUGACGAGCUACAAGGACGAUUGGCUCAGUACUAAAGAUCAUCAAAAUAAUGUAACGUUGGAGUUUAAAGUCGAGUUUGUACGUUUUAUACGUGUGUUUGAUCAUCGACCUUCUAGGCGUGUAUAAUGUAGUAGAAUAAGCUAUGCUUAGUAUGAUCAAAGGUUUGUGUUACAUGUCGACUUGUACUUAUACGUUCAGUUGCAUUGUAACCAUCCUCGCUUCAUCUAGUAUGAUGCUAUAUGAGCUCCUUUUGAAUUUGUUGUCAACACCUUCAUAUUUGGCCAUGGGUUGAUCUUCUGGACAAAAUGACUAGGCGAAAAAAACGUUACACUUACAAAAUUACUAUUGCUAGACAUUGUCUAGCAAGCUGCAACCCUUUUUAUGAUAUAACCUUUAGUUGUAUGAGUUGUA